CUGAACAGUAUAUCAUCCACCCGGCGCACCCCGCUUCCUUUCCACCCGACCUGAACCCGGCGCGGCAGCCGCACUCGUCCGUCCCCAGACCCAAGAGCGAGCCAGCCCAAGAUGCCCGACCAAACAGCCGCCGCCGCCGGAGCCGGGGGCGACGGCGCGCUGUUCUCGCGGUGCCUGCUCGCGCUCUACAUCAUCAGCCCGGUGACCGUCUUCCUGCUCCGCUACGUCUCCGCGCCGUACGGCAAGCUCUCGCGCCCGGGGUGGGGGCCGGCCAUACCGGCCGCGCUGGCCUGGUGCGCCAUGGAGAGCCCCACCCUCUGGCUCCCGCCCCUCGUCGCCCCCCUGCCGCUCCUUCUCGCCGCCGCCGCCUCCCCGCUCGCCGCGCUCCCGCCGGCGCUCUACGCGCUCCACUACGUGAACCGCACGGUCCUCCACCCGCUGCGCAUCCUCCGCCUGCGCCGCGCCCCGGCGCCCGUGCCCGUGCUCGUCGCCGCCUGCGCCUUCGGCUUCAACCUCCUCAACGCCUACGUCCAGGCCCGCUCCUGGGCGCUCCACGCCGCCCGCCCCGCCCCCGCCCCCGCCCUCGCGCUCGCCCGCUGCCUCGCCGGGCUCGCCCUGUUCGCGUGGGGGAUGCGGGUCAACGUCGCGGCGGACAGGGAGCUCCUGCGGCUCAAGGAGGCCGGCGGCGGGUACAAGAUCCCGCGUGGCGGCUGGUUCGAUGCGGUCACCUGCCCCAACUACUUCGGCGAGAUCGUGGAGUGGCUCGGCUACUGCCUGGUGGCCUGGUCGCCGGCGGCCUGGGCCUUCUUCCUCUACACCUGCGCCAACCUCAUGCCCAGGGCCAGGGACCACCGCCUCUGGUACCUCAACAAGUUCGGCGGCGAGUACCCGGCGUCACGCAGGGCCGUCAUCCCGUACAUCUACUAGCCUCUGAAAACUUGUGUCACCCUGGCUGAGGAGAAGUGUAAUUCCUUUUCUUCAUUUUCCUGAUGGUUGCUUGUGCUUGAGGAUUGCCUGAUUCCUUUCCUUUGGAAAUUGAAUAUGGCUUGGAUAAAAUGAACUUUGCUGCAACCUCAA